AUGGAGACCUCCAAAAAAACCCAUGUCAUCGUUAUCGGCGCGGGUAUCGUCGGUGCCUCCAUCGCAUGGCACUUGGCUCAACACACAAAGGUUACCAUCAUCGCUGAAGACAUCGGCGGCCCUGCCAGUUCAGCUUCUUUUGCGUGGCUCAACGCCAGUUCCACCAAUGACAAAUCUUACUACGAGUUUCGUGUUCGGUCACUGAACAGAUGGAAAGAAAUGGAACGCGAACUACCUGGUCUGCCCGUCACCUGGAAUGGAUCAGUCAAUUGGCAUAAGUCAGCAGAGACUUUCAUUCAGAAACAAGAAAGCUUGGAGAGUUGGGGCUAUGGUGUCAAGCGCAUGUCAGCAAAUGAGAUACGAUUGAAAGAGCCAGAUAUUGAGUUUACGAGUAUCCCCGAAUGGGGCCUUUGCUACACUGAGGAGGGUUCGGUUGAGGCACACUUGGCUGCGCAACAGAUGGUAGCCGAUGCAGAAGCGAAUCAUUCCACCAAGAUCAUCAAAUCUACCGCAAGUUCCUUUCUGAAGACCAAUGGUCAAGUCACUGGAGUGGUCUUGACCUCCGGGGAAGAGGUUCAUGGCGACCACGUCGUUGUCGCAGCCGGGUUAGGCAGCGUGCCUCUCCUAGGAAACGAAAACAUCAAACUACCAAUCCACUCCGUACCAGCCCUAAUCGUCAACUCAAAGCCUGUACAAGAACAGCUACUUCACACCCUCGUCAACUCAAAGUACCUCUACAUGCGUCAAACAAAGGACGGAGUUAUCAAAGCCGGAUGCGAAAACCCUGGUGACGAUCCAGGCGAUGACCCUGCGCAAACUGCACGAGAUGUUUUCAGGGAGUUGCAGAAUACUCUGAUUGGAGGCGAUAAGCUCGAGUUUGACUAUUUUACUGUUGGUAAUAAACCAACACCUGACGACGGAAUGCCGAUUAUUGGACCGACGGGGCUUGGUAAUGUCAGUGUGGCGGUCAUGCAUUCUGGCGUCACGAAUGCUGCUAUUGUUGGAGAAUUGGUGAGCAAGCAGAUCUUAACGGGAGAGAUGGAUCCAGUUCUUGGUCAAUUCCGCCUUGAUCGGUUCAGUGCUUGA